AUGGGAGUUCCAAGAAUCUCUAGGAGGGCAAGGUAUCUGUGCGGGCUUACAGUCACGUUGUACUUUUUGUUUAGUGUCCAAUGGAACACUCUAAAGGUGAAUACGCAUUUCUAUAAUAGCAUGCACACUCUUUUGCCCAGCACGGCACAAGUGGAUGAUUUAAAUCUGAAGAAUCUCGAAGUUGUUGAUCCCAGCAGCACGAGUUACGAUCUGUUGGAUUUACGUGUCCAAUUGGCACGCGAGUUCCCAUAUGAACCUUCACAGCCAAUUCCAAGAAAAGUAUGGCAGACUUGGAAGACGAAUGGAGACGCGCCAUCUUUCCCUUCUAACUUCAAAUCGUACCAGAAGAAGUGGAUUGCAACAUGCGAGAAUCGUUCUCCUACGUAUCAGUACAAUCUAAUCACGGAUGAGCAAAUGCUUCCACUAUUGAAACAGGUGUAUGGUGGUGUACCGCAAGUGGUGCGGGCUUUUGAGUCAUUACCUUUACCUAUCUUAAAGGCCGACUUUUUUAGAUAUUUGAUACUUUUCGCUAGAGGAGGUAUUUAUUCCGACAUGGAUACAUUCCCCCUCAAACCUUUAGACACUUGGCCAUCCACUUCAAAGUCAUUCCGCGCCGGUCUAAAGAAUCCUAUAAAGUACAGAGACUCUAUCGAUGGUUUAGAUGCAUUCGAACCUCCUGAACCGGGAUUCGUAAUUGGUAUUGAAGCAGACCCAGACAGAGAUGAUUGGGCAGAUUGGUAUGCUAGGAGAAUCCAGUUCUGCCAAUGGACAAUGCAAGCAAAACCAGGGCAUCCCCUGUUGCGGGAGUUGAUCUCAAAUAUCACCGCUACGACUUUACAUAGCGUCCAAAAAUUGAAAAGUAGUUUGCCGUUAAAUGACGCUGACAUUGUUGAAGAGUUUGAAGACGAUUAUAACAUUAAUAUGAGGGACAGGAGAAAAUUUGAUAAGAACUAUGACCAUAAACAAAAAAAGAAUGCAAAGAAUAUUGACGGUACCGAUAUUAUGAAUUGGACAGGCCCUGGGAUAUUCUCAGAUAUAGUAUUCCAAUAUCUAAACAAUAUCAUCCAGAAGAAUAACAAUAUACUAAUAUUCAACGACAACAUUAACGACAUGGAUGGUAAAAGAAAAGAAUCAAAGGAUGAAACAACUAUGAAGUUCUAUAAAGAUAUCUCCAAGAAUCUACAGAGCCAAAAUCCAACAUUUUUUUGGGGGUUCUUCUCUUUGAUGACAAAACCUGCUCUGAUUGACGAUGUUUUAGUACUACCUAUUACAUCAUUCUCUCCAGAUGUUGGUCAGAUGGGCUCUAACUCCAUGGAUGAUGAAAUGGCACUCGUAAAACAUUUGUUUGAAGGGAGCUGGAAAGAAGAAAAAUCUGACGACAAAGAAGAGAAGGAAACGUCUUCAGAUAAUGAUGAAAAAAACGAAUAA